AUGGAUAAUAUUGCUGUUAGAAAGCAAGACUUUUCUGCAUCCUCAUCAGAUAGUGGUAUUGAUGCAAAAGAACAUAAUUAUGAUAAACCUAUUUCUUAUGAUCCACCAAGAAGUGAACUUCUUGAUAGAAGAACAAUUGAAAAAGACUUUUCUACAGAGGCUUAUUUAAAUGAUUUUUAUUCUACUGUUGAUGAUUGUGCUAUGCAAAUGGUUUUAUGUUAUUUACCACAAUUUGCUGCAAGAAUUGGUAAAAAAAAAAGAUUACUUGAUUUUGGUGCUGGUCCAACUAUUCAUGUACCAUGUUGUUUUAGAAAUUAUGUUGAUGAGUUUUUCUUAGCUGAUUAUUUACCACAAAAUCGUAAUGAACUUAUGAAUUGGUAUAACAAAACAUCUAAAUUUAAUUGGUCAAAACCAUUAAAAAUGAUAGUUAAUAGUGAAAUGGGAGAUUUAACAAAAUUAGGAGAAAUAGAAAAUUUAUCUAGAUCAAAGAUUAAAGCAAUUAUUCAUUGUGAUGCUUUUAAAGAUCCUUCAAUUAAUUGUCAUCCAUGUUAUAGAAAAACUUUUGAUAUAAUAACAAGUCUUUUUUGUCUUGAAUAUUGUACAGAGACAAAUGAAGAAUUUAAAAAAUGUAUUAAUAAUGUUUUAAAACAAUUGAAACCUGGUGGUUAUUAUAUAAUGGGUGGUGUAAUGGAAGAAACAUGGUGUUCAUUUAACAAUAAAAAAUUUCUUUGUCUUUAUCUUACAGAAAAAGUUCUUUUUGAUGCUCUAAGAGAAGCUGGUAUGGAUGUGGACAAUGAAAAAGAAACAAUAUUUAUAAAUAACAAUGGAAUGUAUAUGAUUUUAUCCAAAAAGAAAAGCACUUAA